GUUGAAAUUUUGUAAAAGUUAAAUCAUUAUUAUUGGAAGGGAGGUACACUUCAUUUUUUGAAAGAUUGGAAAGACGCGCAGUUACACUACAAAAGUGAGUAUGCCUAUAUAUAUAUAUAUACACAUACAACAAUAAAAAUAUAUAUGUACUGAUUGUGUAGCAGAACACUUCACAAGGCGUAACCAUGGAGUCAACACCUCCCCUAUCCGUGUCCGAACCAGCAGCUGGUAAGCUCCACAUAGCCAUGUUCCCAUGGCUAGCCUUCGGUCACAUCAUCCCCUACCUCGAGCUCGCCAAGCUCAUCGCCCAAAAGGGUCACAAAGUCUCCUUCCUCUCCACCCCUAGAAACAUCGAUCGCCUCCCAAAACUCCCGCCAAACUUAGCCCCAUUCAUCGACCUCGUCAAGCUCCCCAUACCCAAACAAAUCCCCAACCUACCCUUAAACGCAGAGGCCACCACAGACCUACCCUACAACAAGGUCAAGUACCUCAAGAUCGCUCUCGACGCCCUCCAACAACCCUUCACUCACUUCCUCCAAACCCAAUCACCAAAUUGGGUGCUAUUCGAUUUCGCGCCUUAUUGGGUGGGCCCAAUUGCCGCCAAUCUGAAAAUCCACACUGCCUUCUUCAGUAUAUGUAUUGCCGCGUUUCUGGGUUUUCUGGGCCCACCGUCGGUCUUGAUGGACGGCGCCGAUUACCGGAGUAAGCCGGAGGAUUUCACGGUCAGACCCAGAUGGGUUAAUUUCGAAACCAACGUAGCGUAUAGACUUUUUGAGAUCACGAGAGUGUUUGACAGCGUGACCGGAUUAGACGACGGCGUUUCGGAUCUGUACCGGAUCGGAGCCGCCGCGAGAGGCUGCGAUGUGGUGGCUGUUAGGAGCUGUUAUGAGCUGGAAUCCCAGUGGUUAGACGUAUUAGAAGAGAUAUAUAUGAAGAAGGUGAUUCCGGUGGGUCAGUUGCCUACGACGGCGUACGAUUCCGGCGAGGAGGAGACGAGCGAGGAAUGGUUGGGAAUAAAGGAGUGGCUUGACAAGCAGGGAAGAGGGUCAGUGGUGUAUGUUGCGUUUGGGAGCGAGGCGAAACCGAGUCAACUCGAGUUGACCGAGAUAGCACUUGGGUUGGAGCUGUCCGAGUUGCCAUUUUUCUGGGUUUUGAGGAAGAGACGUGGGUCAGAUGACACUGAGUUGAUCGAGUUGCCAGGAGGGUUUGAGGAGAGAACCAGAGGACGUGGGGUGGUGUGCACGAGUUGGGCGCCUCAACUCAGGAUACUGAGUCACGACUCGGUGGGUGGAUUCUUGACUCACUCCGGGUGGAGUUCGGUGGUGGAGGCUAUACAGCUUGAGAGAGCUCUUAUAUUGUUAACGUACUUGUCAGACCAAGGAUUGAAUGCUAGACUUUUGGAAGAGAAGAAGAUUGGUUAUUCGAUACCGAGAGACGAGCGAGACGGGUCGUUUACGAGUCACUCAGUGGCUGAGUCACUCAGGUUGGUGAUGGUGGAGAAAGAAGGGAAGAUAUACAGGGAGAAGGUUAAGGAGAUGAAAGGAGUGUUUGGAGACAAGGAUAUACAAGACAAGUACGUGGAUAAUUUCUUGAAUUUUCUUCGAAGUCAACCUAGUUGAGAAUAACUAGACACAAUUAUACUAUUAACUAUUGUGUUCUACUCUUAGUUACAAUUUUUUUUUUUUUUUUAAUUAAAUUUUUUUGUUUUUGCAUUUUCAUAUUGACUCCAUUCCACUUAAUGAAAUAUAUUCAAAGAGUAACGCUUUUUCACUUA